AACGACACCACCAAAGCAAACAAAGAGAGAAACCCAAUCUCGGCCACUCCCUCCGCACGCGCGCAGUAAGGAUGGCCGCCGCGCUCCGCCUCCUGCUGCGCUGCCGGGGAUCGGCGGCGGCGCCUCCGUCCCUGGCCCUGCUGCAACCUCUGUUUCCCGGGCCGUUCUCUACGCCGUGCUCCCCUCUCCUGCCCGCCGCCGCCUCUGCAGGACUCCUGGCGCCGGCGCCGUACCUGCUCCGCCACUACUCGAGCAAGCCGAGCAAGGGAGUGCGCCGCGGCGACCAACCAGCCGCAAGGGAACCCCGCGCCAGAAACAGGUCAAACAAAACUGCAGCAUUGUUACAUAUUUGGAAACACUGGUACGUAAAAUGGUGUUUCUGAAUGGACUACUAAAGGAUGUGCUGAAAAGGGCUGAAAUGUCGAAUGAAGCCAUUGAGGCGUGUGUGAAAGCUAGCCAUUUAUUAGUUGAUGAAGGGUGGGGAUGACAGAGCUAUUGCUAUGUUUGAGAAUGCAUUGGACAACCAUUGUAAAGCUUUUGCUGCCUAUGAAAAAGGGGUGGAUGAUUUUGCUAAAGCUGUUGGUAGUACUAAUGGAUUACCAGUGCAUAUUCUGGAGCAGUAUCAGGUGUGUUGUAAGAAAAUGGAGGACUCUAACAAGACCUUGAGGUAAAGGGGCUACCAUAUGUUGUUAUUUGGGUCGGGACGGGAUGUCCCGUUUUCAACCCUACUUGGAGUGGAGUAGGUGGACGGGGAGUUUUUUCCCAAACACAUUGGUCAAUCCUAUAUCCUGUAGAAGCCCAUCCUAUCUCAUCCUAAGUUUUUUACCCUAACACAUGGGUGUCAGGCUAGUUGUCCGGAAGUUUUCUGAUGAAAAUAGCGGGAAAAUUUACUU